AUGAAAAGGUUUGUGCAGAACAUGGGGACUCGAAAGGCAUUCAAAGACCUUGGCGUCGACUUGAAAGACCCGGCACGUUGCGAUCUUAACUACGUCUACAAAGUAGCAACAGCUGCAGUGGAGCAGCGGGAUGGGACAGGAAGUCUGCGGGCUUGUAAAGAUUUCGCUCGGAAGUGUUUCAAGAGCGCAAACAAACGAGAUACUGCUCUUGGUGCUAUCAUGUCCAUGAUCCCUGGUGAUGUCUACGGAUCUGUCAUCUCGGGAGGUGUUAUGACCAUCUUAGCGUCCUGGGGCCGCGUCAAUUGUGUGACCAACGUCUAA